GUUAAUGUUUGUAAUGUGUGAUGUGGGUAUGUCAUAGUGCGGACUAGAUCUAGUAGUAUGUUGAAUUUGUCUGGGAAUGGGUUCUCGAAAAGCUGGCAGUGAUGGCUCUGUCGCAAACAAAAUUAAUAAAGAUCUAGACAUCUAAUAGUACUAAUACUGUAAAGAACUGACAGCCUGUAGCUACCUAUUAGAAGUACAUUAAGGUUUUCCUGUUGUUUUUUAAAGCUCAAGAUACAAUGUGAAGGUUUAACUCAUAACUAGCAUGGAAGAAGACUGCAAGUUGAGUAAGAAGGGAAAGACUGCUGACGGACCAUGCCGGUUAACUUACCAUUAUUUCCUCAUGUUAAGAUAGAUACAGAUGCUCAAAAGUUAUUGGUUGCUCUUCCUACUCUUGAAUCAAGACUCCCCAACAAGGAACCAGAGAUUCACUAUUUGCGUAGAUUUUUACGUAACAGAAAUCUUCACCUUAUACUUAGGAUUUACCGUCAAUUUAGAUCUCAGCAAGGCAGCAAAAAACCAGCAGCAAAUUUUGCAGUAUCCCAGGCAGCAGAUGUUUUUUGUGAAAUCAGAUACAGAAUAGAAGAUCCAAAGGUACAUGAGCUCUUGGGUAUAUUAUCCAAACCUCAUGUUCAGGCUCUUUUAUUCUGCCAUGAUAAGAUAGCUUGUGAAGAUUAUGAACCGAAAAUUGAUCCUGUGCCUUUUGGUUCUGGAGAAGAUGAAACAAUUAUAAAGAUUGUCAGAUUAAUUAAAAACAACGAACCUUUGGGUGCUACUAUUUAUAUAAAUGAACAUACAGGAUGUGUUGAAAUAGCCAGAAUUUUACAUGGAGGAGCAGCACAUAGAAGCGGACUUCUCAACACUGGGGAUGAAAUACACGAAAUAAAUGGGGAAUCUAUAAAAGGUCUAGAACCUGACCGAAUAGUAGAAAUACUUUCUGAAGUAUCAGGCUCUGUAACACUGAAGCUAGUGCCUUGUAUGAAAACUAAUGUGUGCAGGAAAACAAAGUUAAAAGUUCGAUGCUUAUUUUCUUUUGAUCCUGAAACAGAUGAACAUAUACCAUGUCGAGAAGCUGGACUUAAAUUCAAAAUUGGAGAUAUCCUGGAGAUUGUCAAUGACGAAGAUUCAACAUGGUGGCAAGCUAAAUUUGUGGCAGAUUCAAUGGGUAUAAAUGCUGCAGGCACAAUUUCAAGUGCAAGACUCAUCCCCAGCAAACACUAUCAAGAAAGUGUUGAAAUCAUGAGAAGAGUUCUUUUGAGAGAGGCAAAAAAUCCACCCAGAUCUAUUAGUCCAUGUCGAUACAGUCCCAAGAUUCCUAAGCAAAAGCGUUUGAGGAAGACAAUGUAUCAUAUAGUUCAAAGUGGUGUUUUCUCAGACUUUGAUACAGAUGAGAUUGCAACUUACGAAGAAGUUGAACUAUUUAGCCCUAAACAACCUCUGAAAGUAUUCCGACCUAUUAUAUUUAUAGGUCCUCCUGGUGUUGGAAGAAAUGAAUUAAAACGAAGACUCAGAGCCAGUAAUCCUAAUCACUUUGAAGAAGUGGUUCCAUAUACAAGUCGUGAAAGAAGAGCUCAUGAGGAAGAUGGAAAAGAAUAUAAUUUUCUUAGUCGAGAAGAAAUGGAACAACAAAUAAUUGCCCAGAAAUUUGUUGAAUAUGGUGAGUACAAGGGCAACCUGUAUGGGACUAGUCUAGAAUCCAUCAAGGCUGUAAUACAACGAGGAAAAGUUUGCCUUUUAGCUCCUCAUACUCAGGCACUGAAAUUCAUUCGAACAGCAGAACUCAGACCUUUUAUCAUUUUUAUAAAGGCCCCUAAUUUGGAAAGAAUGAAGUGCACACGUUUGGAGAAACAUGCUAGAGCAACAUCUUCUGAAACAACAUCUCCACUUACACCUGAAGAAUUGCGAGAUAUUGUGGAAAUGUCAUCCAAAAUGGAAGAACGCUACAGCCACUAUUUUGAUUAUACCAUAGUGAAUGAUGAUCUGCACAUGGCAGCCACAGAGUUAAUUACCAUUGCUGGUCAAAUAGAAAAAACUGACCAAUGGGUUCCUGUAGGUUGGGCACUUUGACUAUAUUGCUAAAUAUUUGAAAAAUGUCUCAGGGAAAUUAAUUCAUUAACUUGUCUGCAAUAAUUAUUUAUUUUAUAAGAAGAGUCAUUUAAAUUGGCAGGACGUGUUUCGGUAAACUCUGCAGUAAACAAUGAUAUGCAAGUUAUAUUUAAAUGUAGAUCUAGCCUUCAUAGCUUAUUUUUACUUUGGGUCAUAACAGACUCUGCUCUAGUCAUUUCCACUUAGCUGGGUCUAUCCCCCUAUGUUAUCAUCUUUUGCCUAGUCUACCAAUCUCCUUCAAAUCAUGAGUAGCUUCGCGUGUGUAUUCACUGGUGUGCGUCAUGAAGUCUUCUGAAGAGGAAUCACCAUGACCGAAAUCCUUUUGGCUUUGUUAUGUUUUCUUUUAUGUAGAAUUUUAUUUUUUAAAGUUUGGAGUUACUUGUCUUACACCCAAUCCUCCUCCAUCACUUGAUGGCUGCCUGGUCGUGCGGUUUGCGCGCUGGACUGUCGUUCACAUUUAUCGAUGGUCGAGGGUUCAAACCCUGCCCGCUCCCAUCCCCCGUCGUCCUGCGGGAGGUUUGGACUAGGAAGUAAUUAUCUUCAACUCUGAAGGAACAUCCGAAACAUGUAAAACAUUUUACAUUUUUACUUGAGCAAUGAACCGGCAAAAAAAACUUCCUGAAUGUUGCUUUUUGGCAGAGUUCUAGCCUUUCUAACAUUCCCUUUUCUUUUUACUUACAAAGAUAUGCUUUCAUUCAGCUAUAUCAUAUUUUUGAAGAAAACAAGGUUACAAAGACAGUUGGUGUAGAAACACAAACUCAAAAUCGGCCCCCGAAGUGGUCCACCCAGGCAGGUGAAAAGGCAGGUUUCAAUGAAAUUCUAUCAAAGGCAAAUGACAGAGAAUAAUGGAAAAAGAAGGUUGACAGAUCUUGUGUGAUGCCCCAACGAUCCAGCAGUUGAUUUUCAAAAUUAAAUAUUUCGCUUUCAGAAAAGAUAAAAGUAGCCGUUGCCUCAGAACUUUGAAUGGUCUAAAAUAUUAUGAUGUCAGAUUCUCACUAUCUUUUCUAGUUUACGAGAUCUAAACGGGACGGACAGACAGAUUUGAAAAAAACUAAUAGCAUCUAUUCCCAUUUCGGGGCCGCUAUAAAAGGAAAUAGCAGUUUGCUUCUAUUAAGUGUUUUCAUCGACGAGUUACGCACCAAAAAUAAGUGUUAAUGAGUACUUAAAGAAAGAAAGCUAUUAAGCCUUUGUAUGUCCGCUUUAUAAAAUUGUUUUGGGACAAACUGCAAGAAACAAAACUACUGCAGUUUCGAUCGUUAAUGUGCUUUAGCUGCUCCAGUUACACAGGGUAAAAUGUUCAUGUUUAUUUCAUGAGAUCAAGUAGAAAAAUUAAUGAUGAAUGAGUCAGUCAGUUAAUAAAUUAAUAAACUAAUUGAAAUCAACACUUUGCCUAAAGCAGUUUUAGCCAUUCUAUCAUUCUAUAGAACACCUAGGCAUUAUAUACAAUGCUUAGGCAAAGUAGAAAUUCAAUAAUUCAUUUCAUAUUUUGCCUGACGUUUUAAGGGAUUCUAAAGAAUGCCGGAUUUCUACGCACUUUGCCUAUAUAAAUAUACAGUGCUUUUUGUAAAAAAUUAGGUGCCGGUACUCAGUAAUGGAAUGCCUAACUUUUAACUACUAAUAAAUAAAUAAUAAUCGUUAAAAUACAGGAAAAGUAAUAUUUUUCCCCCAUACUGAUUGCCCUAGAUACCAGGAUGUCAGGGAGAAAUUUUUUAGAACAAACACCUUGAAAACACUAUUCGACAAUGUCGACCCUGGGAAGGUACUGGGCUUUGUCCGGGAGAUGUAGGAUCAUAGCGUAUUAGAAAGCUAAAAGCAUGACAUUGGGCAACACAAAAACAAUUGGUAAAAAUAUUCUGAUCGCACAAAUUUAUUAUUGUGAGUCUCGAUCUAUUACAAAUUUAAUUAUAUGACUGAUCCAAACAAAUUGAUAUACUUAAUAUAAUUUGUUUUUAAAAGAUUUAUUUUUUUUGCGUUUGCACGUCUAUUAAACAGCCUGCAUUUUAAUUUUUAGUUAGUCUAACAUACUAUCUCAUAUCGAAAUAUUUCAAAGGUUUUAAGUAAUAAACAAUGCUUCAAAUUAUCUAAAGUUAAAGAAUUAACAUUUUCUCCACUCACACGUGUGCACGCACGGCUUCAUACAGAUAUCUAGUGCUUUUCAAUACAAAAAUAUCAGUUCGGUUUUAUUAUUUAUUUUUUUUUAAAGUGUCUUAUCAAUGGCAAGUUAGUGUUGGCUCCUUCAGUCGUAGAACGACUAUGGUUCAUCUCGAACACUUUUUCAUGUGACUAUAAACAUCAACUCAGGCGCUGUCAUAAAGGAAAUUAACUGGCAGGAAAGAGACUGUUGGGAAUAUCACAAAAGAAACUCUUGAGAGGCUCAAAAGAGGAUCUUAUCUCAUUGCCUAUGUUGUCGUAAUUCAUACCAAGUAUUAUGCUCCACCUUGAUAUGGAUGCUAGCAAUACAGGGAUCAGUAAUGCUUUAUUACAGAAAAUUGGCCAACAGUGAGAGAGUCGUAGUCUACGAUGUUUGUCAAACGUUGAACAGAACUAUUGUGUGAAAAGACGUGAGCUGUUGGCUGUGAUAGACUCCAUUAAGCAUUUUCACAAAUAUUUUUAUGGACAAAACUUCACUUUGAGAACAGACCACGCAGUCCUUCAAUAGCUAUUUUCCUUCAAGUAUCCGGAGGGUCAAGUAACGAGAUGGUUAGAAAGGUUACAAAGUUAUAAUUUUUUAAAGCAAUUCAGGAAAAGACAAGCAUAUUCGAAUGCAGGCGCUUUGUCACGACGACCAUGUAAGCCGGAGUGUUAACAUUGCACGAAAGCAGAACGGAACACAAGGGCCCAAAAUUGUAGGCGACUGAAGUUAAAUAAACAGAAAAUAGGAUGAUAACAAUUUAAUCCCAAUCUUACAAUGGAAGGAAUUUGGACAACGCCCUAAUUGGCACCAAAUUUAUAGCACGGUAGAGAUCGCUUAGGUUUACCGGUACAAUGAGUCUCUGGUAGAAGAGAACGGCGUUCUAAAACGAAUGUGGGAAUCCAUCGAUCGACACGAAUACAACUAGUUUUACCAAAGGAGAUGCAGAACGGUUCCACAGUUGGUCACUUAGGCAUUAACAAGGCGUUAGAAAAAGACAAAGGUUUUAUUGGUUUCGGUACAAGGAAGACGUAGAAGAUUGGUGCCGGAAAUGCGACCGGUGUGCGGUAACUAAAGGCCCGAAACGUCGAACAAGGAAACCUUAAAACAAUACAACCAGAUGUCACAUUUAAUAGCACUGGACAUAACCAAACCAUUUUUUGAGACUCACAAAGGAAUUAAAUUAUUUUAAUAAAUGGCCUGACGCAUUAUCGAUGCCCUACCAGGAAACCACAAUAGUCGAUAUUUUGGCAGAACAUUAUAUUAACCGGUUUGGUGUCCCUAUGGAACUAGAUUUGAACCAAGAACGCAACUUUGAAUCCAAGCUGUUUCAGUAGCUUUGUAAAAUCUUAAAUGUUGAGAAGACGUGGGGGUAUAGGGUUUUAUUUUUUUUUAAGCCUUUAAGAAGCAUACUUAGUGUAUGUCUAAGUAAAGUAAAGUUCCCCAUUCAGACCUUGUCAUGGUCCUUGUGGUCUAUAGGGCAGAUGAUGUAAUGGUCUGUGUUUCUGUGGCCUACGGUUAACAAGGGUGGCAUGUGGCCAGCACAACGACCAACCGCAUUUACUUUUCCCCAACUAAUGUCAGUUACCCAUUUGAGCUGGGUGGACUCAAAGAUCCCGAAAAAAAAAAUCCUAGGAUUCGAACCCGGUACCCCCGGUUCGGAAGCCAAGCGCUCUACCGCGCAACCACUGCGCCUGCUACUGGUAGGUCUUCAUACAAUUGAUAUAUCUCAUGGUUAUUUUCGGUGGUCUUUGUUAAUGUCCAUGCCUCGCGUGCAUACAUUUCUGCUGGUCAUAUUAUGCUUUUGCAUAUUAUUUUCUUGGUUUUCCUUGAUAUUGUUUUGCUCUUAAAUAAAUGAUGGGUGCUAUAACAUGCUUUGUUUCCUCCUGCGAUUUUUUUCCAUUAUUUUUGUGAGUAGGUCAUUUUUUUAAUCAAUUCUACUUCCUAGAUAUUUGAAAGUUUGGACAUUUUUGAAUUUGUUGUCUUUUAUUUUAAUAUAUUGUUCCUCUGUUUGAUUGUCUCUUGUCAUUAUGAUGUACUUGAUUUUACUGUUAUUGACUUUAAGUCCUGCUGACUUAGAUGCUUCUUCUAGUUAUACAUAAAAUACUGAACCAUAAUCUUAAAAUACAAAAACAAAAUUUAAUAAAAUACUUAGAAAGACACAAAGAUAAAGGCACAUUCCUCGUUCCAUAUGCUAGGACAAAUGUCUACAAAUGCUCCUUCUUCCCUAGCGCUAUUAGAGCAUGGAAUGGGUUGCCUGAACUAGCCAGGAAAACUAGUGACUUGGCAGAAUUUAAAUCAUAGGUUAAUAUGCAUGACUAAAUGCAUGACGCGUAGGGCGUAAUCAUCUUCUUUUUUAAAAUAGCGUCUGUAUUAUAUAAGAUAAGUUUACGUGAAAGCUCUAGCAAUGUCAGAGGCAUGGGCGUAGCCAGGGGAGGGGGGCUCGAAAUGAAAUCCUCCCCCGCAGGGGAGGAUCGGAAUUUAGUGACUGUGUCACGGUUGACCACACACAGUAACCGUGUCGUCGGGGUCGCCAGUUGUGAAGAAACAAGUCCCUUUAAGUAUAAACUGCCUUUUAUUGUGAGGCAUACAAACAUAACAUAUUUACAAGGCUAACAUUAUCUACAGAUAAUCAACUUCCCUAGAUGACUUCCUUCUUCUUGUUUUUAACACACUCGACACUUCUCGCAAGUACCCUAACUCUCCGAUACCCAACACUUGACCGUGUGUCACGGUUGACCACACACAGUAACCGUGUCACAACAGUGACUGAUUUUUUGCUUUGAUUUUGUUUAUUGUAGGUAAGAUUUUAAUACUAAACCAUCACUUGCCCCAGCACAUCCAAGGGGGUUUUGAGUUUAAAACCCCUACCAGGGGGGUUUUGAGUUUAUAACCUCCUAUCUGGGGGUUUUGAGUUUAAAACUCCUACUUAGGGGUUUUGAGUUUAAAACCCCCUUCAGCUGGGUUUGAAGCUAAAAAUACCUCUUCAAUGUGGAAAAUAAAAACAAAUUAUGCACUCAAAACGUUAUGAGCGUAGCAAAAUGGGUUUUGACUCAGUUUUGAGCAAAUUACACACUCUUAAAUUAUUUGAGCGUAGCCAAGCCAAUUGGGGGUCUAGAGUUUAAACCCCUCUUCUACAGAUGGCUUUUUUUUUUAUUUUUAAAACCCUCCAGAUGGUUUUGAGUUUAAAAUCCCCCUACAGAGCGUUUUGAGGUGGAAAACCUCUAUCUUCAAUAUUAUUCUAAAGCAAACUACAGUUACCAAGUUCUAUGACCGUAGCUAAAUGGGGUUUUGAAUUUAAAAAAAAACAAAUCCAGAGAUUUUUUAGUUUAUAACCCCCAACAGAUGAUUUUGACGAUAAAACUUCCUUUUUCGAUAUAAAAUCUAAAGCAAACUACAGUCACCUAAUUUCAAAAGCGUAUUCAAUAGAGGUUCCAUAUGUGCUAGAUUCGCCUCAAACCAGUCUACAUUUUUGUAUUUUUGAGGCCCAAAGGAGGUGAUUGCCGAACUGUAGAUUACAUCUCUUAAUUUCUCCCAUCUGAUAAAGAUGUCUUCUUCAUCACUUAACGAGGAUAUUGAACUGUUUAGGAGCUCGCCAAAGAGUGCAGACUUCUCUGGGUCACCUACAUCUUUGACGUUAAUUCGCCUAGUUCUAGGUUGAGUGGAAGUAUAAGCCAUCUUGAGAAGUAGUUAGAUCUUGCUUAGCACUACUGAAUGGUCUGAGUUGCAGGCCGCACUAUGGUAUGAGCGGUUGUGUAUAACACUUUUCAGAUCCAUCCUUCGGGUGAUGCAGAGGUCAAGCUGGUCAUGGCAGGAAAAAAAGCUGAAUGUCUUCCACCUUCGAUGCCUAAGGCGGAUCUUUAAAAUAAGGUGGCAAGAUAAGAUAACCAAUGUGGAAGUGCUACGAAAAGUAGAGUGCCAGGACAUCCGCUCUGUUAUUAGCAGCAGACGCCUUGGCUGGCAUGGCCACGUUCGUAGAAUGCCAGUAGGUCGAAUCCACAGAACAUUCUGUAUAGCGAUCUAAUAGAAGGCAGGAGAGCCGCUUGUCGACCACUUUUACGUUAUACCGAUGAAUGCAAACGCGACAUGAAGCUCUUCAAAAUCGACACUAGCAGCUGGGAAGAGGUGGCACUGGAUAGAUCCACAUGGAGAGAGAGCAUAAAGGAAGGGAUUGCAGAUGUCAUACACAACAGAAGCAGAAAGAAGGGUGAAAAUGCAACGGCGCCUGGUGAUUACAUAUGCCCAACCUGCGAUCGCAGCUGUGUAUUAAGGAUUGACCUCUUUAGUCACACAAUUAGUUGCAAAGGGAAAAGAUCGUCUCUCGAGACGUAAAAUGCCACAGAUUCAAGAGAGGUUACACAUUUCUACCAGUGGCGGGGCUCCAUUAAUAAAGUGCAAUGAAUAGUCAUCUUCCGAAAUUGAAAAACACUAAAUGUGGCUCAACAAAUAUGGCUAAGACGCAUUUUAGGAGUCAGUUAUAAAGAUCGGGUCUAAAUCAAGGAAAUCCUAUGCCGAAGUGGGAGUCGACCCCUUCGUAAGGUUGUGACAGAGCGUCGCAUGAGGUUUGCGGGACAUGUUCUCCGACAAAAUGAAUUUCGCAUAAUAAGAGUUGCGAUGACAUCCUAAGACAACUUGGCGCCACUUUUUCAUGGAAGUCCUCAGAGCAGGUGGCAAGAGGCUUCAGACAUUGCCAGUAACAGAUUUUUGUGGAAACAGCUUGCCAGCAAAUGCGCCGAACGGCGCGGGAGCGUCUAAGUUAGUAAGAAUAGCACAUUAGGUUUUUGAAAUAAAACUUUUUAAUAGCAGGAAAAUGAACAGUAGAUACCGGUACCUCAGAAUAUGCAUUUUGUUGGAAUUCAAUACCAGAAAUAGUGUUUGGCGGCGGGGCUCCGCCCCGCGCUGAGGUAGAUCCUAGCUUUCCCCCACUAACUACAGAAAGAACCUUUUCUAGGUCACAAUAAACGUCUUCUGAAAGAAUGAAGGGUCAAAAUGUAAUAAAGAUUAUGUACACACACACAUACAUACAUCUAAAAAAAAAUUUCGCGGGAGGGGCGGAAAAAAAUCCCCCAACCCCCCCCCCCCUCCCCGAAAAUAAAUCCUGGCUACGCCUAUGGUCAGAGGUAUCUUUAUCCAAUAAGGCAAUGUCAUCAGCAUAAGCAAGGUAUUGUAGAUGUUGAUUGUAUAUCGUCCCUGUUGGUUGUGGACCCAUGUGUUCUUUCCUGAAGUAAUUAGUAAUAGUUCCCUUUGUGUGUUUAUGUGUAUAUUUCUUAUAACUCCAGUGUCAAAUUGAAAAGAAAGUGAGUCACCAUAUCUUAAUAUUCUUUUAAUCCUAAAUUCCCGUUAGUGUUCUUCUUUUUUAUAUGGCUUUACGUUUUGAGUUGUUUAAUGUCAUAUGUUUAAGUCUUGUGAGUUUGUUAGGUAUUCCAAAACCCUGUAGAGUGUCAUAUAGAUAUUUCCUUUUGAUUCUGUCAUAAACCAUUUUAUAAUUUAUCGAGAGUGGCAGGAUCGGUGGGAGGCUGAGACCCACAAUAAACUCAGGCAGAUUGUGUAGGUGUCGGCCCACAUCUAAGGGUCUGAUAAGGCGAGGAAACACGACUAUGUCCAGACUUAGGAUUGGCCACACCUACAUCACGCACUCCUUUGUGCUGGAGAGAGAGGAGUACUUUAUGAGUACUGUGACUUUUGUCUCACCGUGGAACAUAUCCUCAUUGAUUGCCCCAGAUACCAGGAUAUUAGGUGGAAAUUUUUUAGAGCGCACAACUAAAAAACACUGUUCAAUAAUGUCGACCCUGGGAAGGUACCGGGCUUUGUUCUGGAGGUGGGGUUGUCUGCGAAGAUUUGAUUUAUGAAAUUAGAUAGACAAGGCAGAUGUUCCAGUUAAGUCCUCGACACGCUCCAUCAGUCGCUCAAAGGUUGCCGGAGCAUAGCAGAGCCCAAAAGGCAUUACAGUAAAUUGCCAGAGACCGUUUCCUGCAUAGAACGCCGUUUUCUCUCUAUCUUCGGGAUGCAUUCCAACUUGCCAAUACCUGCUUUUUAAAUCGAGAGUAGAGAAUAUCUGUGCUCCUGUAAGUGUAUCAAAUGUGUCGUCGAUUCUAGGUAGAGGAUAACUGUCCUUAUGGGUGACCUCGUUCAACGGUCUAUAAUCUACACAGAAUCGCAUAGAACCGUCUUUUUUUUCACUAAGACUAUAGGUGAGCUCCAAGGACUAUUUGAGGGCUCAAUGACUCCCUGUUGUCUCAUGCAUUCUAUCAUGUCCAUGGCUUCUUGUUGUUUUGCCAGUGGAAGACGACGUGGUGGAUGUCGAAUUGGUCUGGUGCUUCCUGUGUCGAUACGAUGUUGAACCAGAAUCGUCCGCCCAAAAUCUGUCUCAUCAGUCGGAAAAAUAUCACUAAACUCACAAAUCAAUUUUUCGGCACUGGCAUAUUGUUCAUCCGAUAAAUUCGUCUUAAUCUUCCCCAAGAGCCCUGUAAUAUGCGGGUGGGCUGGUGCAGUGCUGUCCCUGAUGAGGUUAUCAUCGCUGCAAUUUUGUAUCAGGUCGACCGUAUAGCAAUAGCUAUGAUGCUGUCUUUUCUUAGUUUUUUUUCACCCAAGCUAAGGUUCAUAACUCUAACAGGUACUUUCUGAUCUCUAUCGAUCAUGACCAACGUCUUACCUACGGCAAAUUCACUGUAGUUAUCUUCCUUGCCCUCGACCAGUGCCGUUUUAAUUUUUGUAUGACCAGGCUCCAAUUUUCCCCAAAUAAUCAAUUCAGACUGUGCAAGCAAGCUCGUAUCUUCCGUCAACAUGAUUUUUCUGAUUCGAUCAUUCUCUUCCUCAUCCUCAUCAUUUAGUAAAGGAAUCUCUACGUUCCCACAUAUCAAAGCUCCUCCUCCAAUGUCAAUAGAAAACCCGAAUUUCUGCAUAAAGUCGAGUCCUAUAAUGCAGUCUUCGGUUAUAUUGGCGAUUAGGAAUUCAUGAAUGAAUAACUGAUUUCCGAGCUCGAAUUGAACACUCGUCAAUCCUUGUAUAGGCAUCAACUCACCACUGGCGGUUUUUAAGGAAUAUGAGUUCACUUUGGUUAUAAUGUUUUUGUUCACGACCUCCGGCCGAAUGACUGAUCGAGAAGCACCAUUGUCCAGUAGAAAACGAUAAUUUUCAGCACCGAUUUAGUCUUCUACCUUUAAACUCUUAUUCUGCCCCAGCACGUCGACUGGGAUGACGGUUGCGGGGGCUCUUAUUCUCUGUGUCGCCGGAUUCCGCCCCUUGAAGCCGGCGCGUGUUAGUUUCCCUGGUAGCCCCGGGAACCAGUUCGAGUAUUAAUUUCUGAUCUUUGAUGGGUUCCGGUUUGUCGAGAUCUUCCAGUGCAGCUUCUCUGAAUAUGGCCAAGUUCACCACAAUUCCAACAUCGUACAGGGGCCCUGGGUUGAUUUUCUAGUAUCCGGGUUGUUCGCCUUUCGUCCAGUGCCUCUGUCACCCUUCUGACAAGUUGUGCGAAUUCUUCCUACUUGACGUCCAGCCUUCGGCCCUGGUGAGUGCCCCCAGAUGCGUCUUUGGCAGCCUCGUAUGACAGAGCGUAAACUAGGGCUUCGCUUGCCCUGCGUUUACCACUAACUCUUGUGGCUUUCUUCAACUCAGGGUCUCGAAGCGCAUCAAUGAAAGCGUCUGUGAUGAUGACCUCCAAGAAAUAUUGUGCGCGGUUGGGUAGGCCAAAUGUGCGAGGCGUUCGAUGUCUGUCUCUAGUUCCUGUAGUGUUUCAUCGGGGCGCUGUUGUCGGGUUUUCAGUUGUACUCGAUAGACUUCUUGCAAAUGUUCAUCCCCGUAUCGGAGUUCCAUAGCUUGGACAAGAGCGGCGAAAUCCUGCUGGUUCGGUGGAGACUGAAGCAAUUCAGAGGCUUUUCCUCUUAGAGAUAACACAAGGGCGGUGGCUUUCUCUUCCUCACUGUUCCAUUUGUUAACUUUUGCCGCUGCGUCAAAUUGCUUCUUAUACACGGACCAGGAAACGGAACCAUCAAAUACGGGGGCCUUCAUUUUCUCGGAGACUUCAUGUACAAAUGACGUCAUAUCGGCAUCUGGUACAUUUCUGUGCUUGCAUUGAGCUUGUAUCUUCAUUUCAUCGAUGACCUUCUCCACUGCGUCUACCCUCUGCUUCAUCUGUUUGUCCGUGUUGGUGAUUCUCUCCUCCACAGCUUGCACGCGUUGGUUCAUAGCCAAUAACUCGGUUUUGAUUCCCGAUUCCAUGAGAUCUAUCUUGGUGUCCACGACAUCUAGCUUGUCAUUGGUGUUUCCUAGCCCUGAGUUUAACUGUUCUCGCAUAGAACCAAUAUUUUCGAGCACAGCUGCCAUCUGUUGUUGCAUAAAUUCCAUAUCUGGUUCAACUUCAAAAAGAUAGGUGUCCGGAUCUGCUUCUUCCUCCAUCAAACCCUCCCGUAGGCGUGCCUGUAGGGUUUCCUUAUUUCCAAUUGUCUUCAGACCUCGGUCACGGAGUUCCCGCUUCAGUUACUUCAUAAGGAGUUUGUUUAGCGUUUUCGUGGUAACCAUUAUAAAUCCCACUUCUGACACCAAUUGCUAUAAAUUUCCAGGAAAACACUCAACAGGUUAAUGAUAACAUAGAUAAGGAUUUAAUUAUUAAAUAAAUAACACACAAAAACCACAGAAUGUCAAUUUGUUCUAGAUCUAAUUCGAUUUAACGAAAUAAGCCGGCAUUCACUAUCAUGUCUCCAUUUCCUUUCCUCUCUUGUUCCACGCUCGUGUGGAACAGUGCCUAGUGCGCACCAUGUAUCUCAGUGCGGAAAUAGAGUUACAACAAUAUUUACAACGGAUUUUUAUUAAAUUAAUAAAUUUUAAGUUUUUACAAUCUUAACUGUGAAUAGACCUUGCUUUUAAUGACCUAACUGUAUAAAAUUUAGCUCAUGUGGUAUGAAGGGAGAGUAACCCCUAAAGGAGCACGACAUGGCCUAAAUUGUGCCGAUGUGCCAAAAACUCUAACUCAAACUUAUAAUCAUUAUACAGUUGGUACAUCUAACAUAUUUGUUCUGUGACAAUUAAAAGAAAAAUACAAAGAGCAGAACCAAAACCUAUACGCUGCCUUUGUGGAUCUCACCAAGGCUUUCGACACAGUCAGUCGCAAUGGUUUGUGGAGGAUUUAGGCCAGACUCGGAUGACCAUCUUACGUUCCUAUUUAUUCUUAAGCAGUUUCAUCUGGGACAAAAAGGCCACAUUAGGCACAACGGUGACCUGUCUGAUCUCUUACCAAUAGAAAAUGGCGUGAAGCAGGGAUGUGUACUUGCUCCUAUUCUUUUCGCUAUCUUCUUCGGCGUUAUGCUAGGUCUACUAUCCCAUAUAAAACAACAGAUUUGUAUUGAAUUAACACAUUUUUAAUAUCUUAACUGUAAAUGGACCUUGUCUUUAGUCACUUGGCUGUGUGAGACAUAGCUCUUGAGAUAUAAAGGGAGAAUGACCCUUGAGGGAUUAUGGGCGUGACAUGGCCUAAAUUGUGCCGAUGUGCCAAAAAUCCAAAAUAUCAAAUGAUCUCAAGAUCGCGGUCAACGAAUUUGCAUACGCUGCCGCCUCUUUCGGUUUAUCUAUUAACCUGGGAAUUGUUAUUGACGGCGUGGCUCCGCCCCGGACCCCGCUGGGAAAGCUCACAGCGCUCCCCCAUACCCCACUAUCUGCCAAGGGCGGGGGUGUCUACAGCCUUUCCACUAUCUCCUGGAAGAACCUAUACUAGAGUACAAUAAACGUCCUCCGAAAGAAUGAAGCGUCGUAAUGUAAUAAAGAUUUAUUACGUACACACACACAUAAAAAUUAACUCCAUAGUCACGUCAGUUCCCGACAGAAAGAGGCCAUAGAAAGCUGACCUUUAAUAAGAAUGGUAUUUUGUACAAACAGUUUGCUUUAAAUUUAGAAAAAUAUUUCGAAUUAUUGAUCAUGAAUGCUGUAUUGGCCUUCUGCUAGAGUUUGGUUGUAAAAUGUUUUACAUGUUUCGGAUGUUCCUUCAGAGUUGAAGAUAGUUUAUUUCCUAGUCCAAACCUCCCACAGCACGACGGGGAAUGGGAGCGGCAUAGUUUGAACCCGGACCAUGGAAAAAUCAAAACAACAGUCCAGCGCGCAAACCGUACGACCAGGCAGCCUCUUGAAGCCAUUGAAUAUUCCUAUCUUCUUAUGCUAGGUUUAUAUUUAGAUCUCAAACUAAAAAUAUGCUAUUUUACUCUAAUCUGUCUGUGGCAUUUUACGUCUCGAGAGACGAUCUUUUCCCUUUGCAAUUUCUUGUGUGACUCUAAUCUGUAGCCCAUACUAAAAUGGUGCAAUGGUAACUCUUGGUUGUUGUUUUUUUUUUAAAUUAUUAUAUUUAGAUUUUUGGCACAUGGAGCACUUUAGGCGUGCCCUAACCCUUUCAAGGGUUAUGUUUCUUUACUCGGUUAAGAAGACAUUAAAAAUGAUAUAUUUUACAAUACAAUACUUAUAAUUGACAAUAUAAGUAUUAAAAUCAGUAAAUUGUUUGAAGAUACACAUAGGCCAUUUUUAGCGGCCCCCCGAAAGGGAAUAGACGCUACCGUUAUUAGUUUUGUGUGGUCUGUCUGUCCGUCUGUCCCGUUUAGAUCUCAGAAACUGGAAGAGAAAAUGAAAAUCGGACAUUAUGAUAUUUUAGAUGCAACGGCUUUUACGAAAGUGAACCAUUUAAUUUUAAAAUUUUAUGCAAGCAGAUUUAAAAAAAAAAUACACCACUUUUAAAUGAAAAACUUCAGGGAAGGUAAGUUUUUUAAAAAGGUCACAGAGUUCUUCUUUAAUAAAUUAAGCUUCAUUCAUAGAUUCGCGCAUUGGUACAAAACAUUGGCACCUAAGUUCACAAUGCAAAAGUAUCAAUGGAUUAUUAUAAAAUAUAUUUUCCAUUUAUUAACUAACUCAUGGGAUGAAAUACUGAUUGAAAUGGUCUUUUUAAAAAAAAAAAUUGAUACGAACUUGUUUGUUAUACACCUCCGUGCUGUGUCUUGUGUAGAUUAGUCUAAACGGAGGUAACACUCAAAUCAGCAAACCAAUUAACACAUGUGAAAAGCCAACAAUAUAAAGGUACUCGACGCUGAUCUACGUUGUCCAACAAGAAGUUUAAUACGUUAUAAAAACAACCGUCGAUAAAUAUCUACCGGUACUUCAGAAACUAAAGCUGUCCUCCCUCUAAAGCUGCCAAAAGUAUUGUACUUUUUAAAUCCUAGUCUUCGUUUUAAUAAUCACAUCACUGUCUCUAAGCAAAAUUUCCUUUUUUAUAAAACAAAUAACUUUUCACGCCAAAUUACUAAUUGUGCCAUAACAUCUUUCAACUUGGGUAUCUUUGAUACCCAGAAUAUGUUUAUUUUUCUAAAUUAAAUAUGUGUUCACAGCUAAUUAAGACCUUUGGAAAGAAUGUACUUUUGGUUUUAAAAACAAAGUAUACUAAUUGUAUCCUUAGACUAGACAUUCAGACCACUUAAACUAAAAAAGGGUAGUAAUCGAUGGCUUCAGUGUCGGAGGGGGGCGUAUUUUGUGGAGAAACUACAAAAUAAGCAUUGCUAUCUUGUUUUAUAGGAUAUACCAAAAACUUUUUUUUAGAAGAAAACUUGAAUCUAACGUUAUAAUAAAACUGUCAAUUUUUUCAGGUCAAACAAUCAUUCUGUUGACAUCUUUUGCAUGAGCCAACCAGGCCUGCCAUAAAAUGUCUGCUUAACUUUAAGAUAAUCUUAUGAUGAUCACGCCAAAUUGAGAUGUACUAAAACUAUAUAAGUUUCGAUUCGUUCUCAAAGUUCAGUAAACGGCUGUGCAGUUUGGCUUACUUUAUUUGAUCUGUUUUAUUUAUUUUUAUUAUCUUGAAUGAUGAGCUUUAGGCAGGCGAAUGCACUUAAGCAUCCAUAAAGACAUUUUUUUUUUACAAACUCUCUUUAUAAUCACAAGUAAAAAGUUGAGAAGCACAGUUCUAAAUUUUAUUUUACGACUAUAUAUAUUUGUAAAAUACCACUGAUUGACUCAUUGAUCACGAGAUCCCGCAUCAAAUUUCGUACACAGGUUCUUUUUACCUUCUAGUUGCUCACUAAGAACGGUUUUUGACAGAUUCGCAACCUGACGACCUUUAUUCGCGAAAAACCGCAAGCUCUAUCAGCCCUUUGUAUUUCCCCAAAAGGCCGUUUAUUUUUAAUAUGCCUUACAUCAUUUUCACUUCCUUUUAGACGCGGUCUAAAUAAAAACAAAAUCAAUCCUAAUAGCAGUGGCGUCAAUGGGGAGGGUGACACCCGAAUAGAAUUUUUUUUUAUAUUGGCAAAAACUAGAAAAUAAAAACCCGAAUGAAAAAAUUGAAUAUUGGCAAAAACUUGCAAAUUCAAAAAGUAAAUCUCUAGAUAUAUACACAAAUAUGCCUAGGGAUAUCUACUGUACUAUUUAGAUCUAUAUAUUUUUAAGGCCCUAUCUAUAUAUAUAAUUCUCCUCUUCCCUCAAGAGUUUGGACGCGAAGAAGAAGUAAAGGAAAGAUCACUCUCUUAUUUCUGCGGAUAGUCACCCCACGAAAAAAAACAAGAGGGGGGGGGGGAGAACAAGUGGGUAUUCACACGUCGAUACGGAUGGUUGCACGCUGGACUGUCAAACCCUCCCCGCUCCCAUCCCCCUUCGUCCUGCGGGAGGUUUGGACUAGGAAGUAAACUACUGUAUCGUCAACUCUGAAAGAACAUCCGAAACAUGUAAAACAUUUUACAAGCAAACAUUUUACAAACACUAAAUAGCAGCGCCGGACCAAGAAGUCAUGGAAGAGAACAAGUAAUCUAUUAUGCAUAAAUAUACAGGUCACUAAAUAGCAGGGCGGACUUAACAAUUGUGCGGCCUUAUGCGAAAUGGAUUUCGCGGGGCCAAGUUUGGGUAGGGAAGCGGAUAAUAAGUGAAAUUUAAGAGUUUGUAUUAGAAAAUAAAUUCGUCUAUGCAUCGUAUUCAUUCUUUAAUACGUACAGAAUUACUUUACGAGCCUUGCGUGUAGCAAAGUCAUACAGUAUAUCAUAAUAAUUCUGUUUCCUACAUAGAUCACGCUCAAUAGCAAGAAUAACCAAAUGUUUCAAUCUAUCUUUGAGAAUUGUUGACCUCAAGUAAUUCUUCAUUAGUUUGAGGCGCGAUAUUACCAGAUUGUACAAUUACGGCUAAUGCAUAAUGUUGUUUUUAUUUAACGCUCGUAGGAUUGGCGUUUUUUUCCAUAUUGAAUGACACUCCAAAAUGACAAUUUUUGUCAUAUAUUUUCGUAUAUUUUAAGGACUUUUUCGUAUAUUUUGCAAUUUCCGGAGAUUUCCAGGAGCUUCUGGUAAAUCGACAGAAGGGCGCGGGAAAUCUGUUUUAAGUUAUAAAAUGGUUUAAUUUAAUAAUGUUGUAACUCUAGGUUAGGCACUCAACGAAUAGGCAUGCAACUCAACACAGUUUAACAGGAAAUAAUAGUUGUGUUUAUUCACUAGGGUAAACACAUAACAUGAUGAUUCAUCCUUCAGCUUCCUCAGAGUCUCACUACUAAGUAUACCAGUCCUUUGCUACUUAACCCGAAUGUGGACCAACGACGGCCUUCCCCGCUUCGCUCCAGGUCCCUACUACAACCUUCAGGCAGCACCAAAAGCUGGCUUCUUCUUAGUUUCCCAAACAUUCAGACUCUUCACAAUCCCUGAUGCACUGUUAUUAUCUCCGUUCUAGUCUCUUCCUGUUUACGUUCACUAGUGCGCUAGUGCGCACCUCAAGCACUGGUGCAAGGCAGGGUUACAACAAUAAUUUAUACACCUUGAAUUAGCACGCGCCCUAUGAAAGUGCGAGUCCUAUGAAAGUGCGGUGCCCACUGCGAUCACAUAGUUUGCAGUGGCUUAAGGCCGGUCCUGCAAAAUAGCGGCGCAUGCUACGCCACCGGUCGACUAGUUGUAUAUAUUUUGUUCUAUUUGGUACAAAUGUCCAAAAAUUACGUAAUGUAAUGGUACACUUUUUUUUAAGAACAAAAAUUGGUCGUAUUGGUAUUGUAGUUAUUUUAUAUUUUAGCAUUAAUUAGACGAAAGCGACAUUACUACCAAAACUUAAAGAAAAAUGAAAUUAUUAAUUAAGUGACUUCGUUUUAUCAUCCAAGUAAAGCUUUUCUACAUUAGAAGACAGAUCGAUUUAAAAGGUUCUUUUAUAGAAAACAUUUUAAUGCCUCUCCAACGGUGUGAUUCUAGCCCGUUUUUUAACCAAUUUCUCCCGACUUACGCAUCAUCAUACUAUUGAUGUCAAUCAAAACAAGAACGGAGCGGUACAAAAACUCGUUCGUACCUCACUCGGUCAGACUAUCACCGCCACUCAUUGAUCAGGGAACAUGAAAUGCACCAAGAUAUGAAUAUACUCUUUAAAUUGUGUCUGUUGUAUUUAUGUGUAUUUUUCUGUUGUGUUGUCUUUAUAUGAGAAAAGAGUCCUUGUAAUCACAACAAAUUUCCGUAAGGAUCAAUAAAGCAGUCUUAAUCUUAGUCUUGAUAAAGAUCUUUAUUAUGCAUACCAUUUUUUGUGUGAGGCGUCAGUAAAAAAAAUCCUUUAAAACUAAAAAGUUUGCAGCAAGGAUUCUUUCUUAUUACAAAGAUUAUCUUAAGACAUACUUGCACACAACUUAAAAACACUGUUCGAUAGUGUCGACCCUGGGAAGGUUCUGGGCUUUGUCCGGGAGGAGGGGUUGUCUACGAAAAUUUGAUUUGUGAAAUUGUGAACAUGUAAUAUUUACAAAAGAGUUUUACUAAAUUAUUAAAUUUUUAUUAACUUUACUAUUUUAACUGUGAAUAGACCUUGCUUUUAAUGAUUUAAUUGUAUGGAAUUUAGCUCUGGUGAUAUGAAGGGAAAGUACUCCAUGAAGGAUUACGGGCACGACAUGGCCUAAAUUGUGCCGAUGUUCCAAAAACUCAAAACUCAUGUACUAAUGUAAAAAGUGCGCUUUAAUUCCAAGACAAUAAUUUAUGAUCGGAAAAUACUGCUGUAACUUAGCCAAAAAACUUCAACGAAAGGAUUAUAAAAUAGAACGUUUAAUCAUCAAUAAGAAACUAGAUCUAGAGCAAAACUAAUCACAUCUCAAGCGUUCUUGUUUUCUUCUCCUCUCUGUUUCUCCAUCGUGUCCCAUGGUGCAUAAUAUCGUGCCAAAUGACAGUGCGCAAUGUACAGUAACAAUACUUUAUUAUCGGAACGUCCCAUUCCAUUAUAAUUUAACAUUUACAUGGGCUCUGCUUACUGCGGGAAAACGAUCGACGGAACUAAAGGCGCUUCAACAGAUUACCUAGCUGGAUGGAUAUCGAACCUGAUGUGUUUCUUAUACUAUCUCCAGAAAUAACUUUUUCGGUUAUACAAAACAGUUUAAAAUUAUCUACGUAAAAAAAAAAAGAAAAACCUAAAGUUUAGCGAGCAGGGGUGCCAACUGUAAAAGUUUGAGAAACACUGCCUCGAAUGUCUCUCACACUUCAGGUACGGCAAGUUCACGUCUUCUUAAUUGAAUUUUACUUAACCGCACCAUAGUGACGCCACUGCCUAAUAGCAUUAAUAAGAUAGAUCUAGUCUUUUUCUUUUUUUUUUUUCUUUUUUUGUCGAGAGACAAAGAGAGAGCAAUUAAUGGUACUUUGUAACACUGUCAAAAAAAAAUACGAUGAACAGGUUCCAGACAGCGAAAAGAAAUAAAAAACAAGGUUACAAAAGACAGUUUGUGUGGAAACACAAACUCAAAAUCGGCCCCCGAAGUAAAAUGUUUUACAUAAUUCGGAUAAUCCUUCAGAGUCCAAACCUCCCGCAGGACGACGGGGGAUGGGAGCAGGCAGGGUUUGAACCUUCGAUCGUCGAUAAAUUCAAACGACAGUCCAGCGCGCAAACCGCACGACCAGUGGUCCACCCAGGUAGGCUUCAAUAUUUUCAGAAAGAACAUCCGAAUGAAAUUAUAUCAAAGACAAAUGAGAGAUAAGAAUGGAGAAAGAAGGUUAACAGAUCUUGUGUAGUGCCCCAACCGUCCCGCAGAUCAAAGGAUACGUGAAAGUGAAUGUAAAGUUAGAUGUGAACCUGGCCUAACUAGUUUGUGGUCUAUAGGGCAGAUGAUGUAAAGUUCAUCUGUCGUUGUGGCCUACGGUUAACGAGGGUGUCAUGUAGCCAGCACAACGACCAACCGCCUUUGCUUUUCCCCAACUAAUGUCAGGUACCCAUUAGAGCUGGGUAGACUCAGAAGUUGAAAAUCCCAGUCUUCACCAGGAUUCGAACCCGGGACCCUCGGUUCGAACUAAAUAAGUUAAUUUCUUUGAAAAGGCUCAAUCUCAUUUUCGAAUUCUCAAAAAAAAAAAAAAAAAAAAAUUUCCGCUAUAUAAAAAAAUGUUCACGAAAAUGAUGUUUAUAAGAUUACUAUUCGUCUUAAAUUAGGUGUAACAUAUAAUGCAUACUAAUUAGCUUUUUCUUAUAAAAAACUUCUUGCAUAAUUGAUUUUUAAAAAUUAGAAUUUUCGCUUUCAGGAAAAAAAAAGUAGCCGUUGCAUCAGAACUUUGAAUGGUCUAAAAUAUUGUGAAGUCGGAUUUUCAAUAUCUCUUCUAGUUUACGAGAUCUAAACGGGACGGACGGACAGACAUUUCGCACAAAACUAAUAGCGUCUUUUCCCCUUUCGGGAGCCGCUAAAAAUAGAGAUCGGGCCGUAAAAUUUCAUUGCAACAGAUAUGUACACUAAUUCACUGGCUAAAAAUUAUGUUAGGUUGAAAUUAUUAUGUGGCCCGCUUAUUAUAAUUCAAAAAAAAAAAAAAAUAGGGGUGUUCCGUCCAUUAUUAUCAAGAUUAAAUUACAUUAGAUUUAAAAAGCAGAUUCUUUUUUUUUUUUUUUUUGCAACCUAAGAAUGUGUUGUUUUUUCUUUGAAGUAAUUCAUAUGGAUUUGCAGAUCCAGCUUUGUAUUAUUUUCUUACAUCCAUUCUCUCUAGAAAGUAGCUUGUUCAACUCCAGGGCUCGACUCUAUUUUCAUCUAUGGCUACCAGUAGCUAGAACAGAAAUUACUUCAACUCUCUAGCCAAUAAUCUGCUGAGCAAAAUUAUUAUUUAAUACUUAAAUCUAAAGCCUAUAUUUGUUAACUUAAUUAAUUGUGCUAUGUAAAAUCUAAUUUAGAGAAAAAAAAAAUACAUUAGCUAAAGUUAGUUUUGACUUUAAGUAAUUACAAAGCUCUCUCUGUUUGUCUGUCCGUCUGGUAAAAGUUUGUGAACGUUUUUUCUCCCACACUCAUUCUCAGGUCAAGUUGAAACUUUGCACAAUUUUAUUCAUUGGCAUGAAUCAAUUUUAAAAAUUAACCAAUUAUUCAAUUCAUUACUGGUAAUUAAUUUUUUAUUUGAUACCAACAAGUACCUAAUUAGUCAAUUAAGUAUUUGUAAUUAAUUAUUUUGUUUAAUAUCAAAUAAUGGAAAUAACUUAUACAUUAUUGAGAGAUAUAAUAGUAAGUGCAGAAAUCAUUCCAUUUGAUAAGCUUUGUUUUUUAAAAAAGGAUUUUUUUUAAUUUAGCUUGUUUUAGAAAUUAUAAAACACAUCUUAAAAAGAGUUAGUAGUGUUGUUUCCUAGCAGCAAACACAUUGCAAUGUAAUUAAUACUUGAUAGGUUAUGUCCCUAUCUUGGCAGCAAUGAUAUAUUGUACAUCUUUUAAAUUACACCAUUUUAUGCUGUAUCUUUUUAUUUUCAAUCAAAUGUUCUAAGCACUGCAAUCAAAUUUCUUUAUUUUUUGGUUUAUUAUUAUUAUAAAGGGGCCGCGGUGGCUAAUUGGUUAAGCGCUCGGCUUCUAAACCUUGGGUCCUGGGUUCCAAUCUCGUUGAAGACUGGGAUUUUGAAUUUCGGGAUGUUUAGGGAGCCCCUGAGUCCACCCAACAUGACAUUAGUUGGGAAAGUAAAGGCAGUUGGUUGUUGUGCUGGCCACAUGACACCCUGCUUGUUAACCGUUGGCCUCAGAAACAGAUGACCUUAACAUCACUUGCCCCAUAGAUCGCAAGGUCUGAAAGGGGAAACUUUAUUUGCUUUUUUUAUUAUUAUAAAGUGAUUUUUUAAAAAGAUUUAUAUAUAUAUAUAUAUAUAUAUAUAUAUAUAUAUAUAUAUAUAUAUAUAUAUAUAUAUAUAUAUAUAUAACAUACUGUAUUCUAUUUUAAGAAAUGUCAUUUCAUAUCCUGAUCAUUUUGUAACAGGCCAUACACUUGAUGUUUUUUUUUUGUUUGUUUUUUACAGUGGUCAUUAUGUAAUUUAAAUUUUUUGAUCAACUUAAAUUCAUGAUUUAUUUAGUAAUCUAUACUUAUCAAAUCAUCUAUCUUUAUAGCUUUACUCUUCUUUCCACACUUAAAGGUUCCUGAAAAGGAAAAGUGGCUAUUAGUUUUGUGAAGUCUGUCAGUCAGUCUGUCACAUUUAGAGAAAAGAAAGUGAAAAUCCUAUUUCAUAUUUUGCAGCUUGCUAAGUUUAGGUGACACAGCUACUUGAUAAGUUUAGGGGACACAGCUACUUGUUAAGUGAAGAGUUUUGCUUUUAAAAUAAAUAUGCAAGCCGUUUUUUUACAUAAAAAUACACCUUCUUUUUUUUAACUAUUUUAAAUAGUAAAAACAAAAUGAGGGGGGGGGGGUCUUUAAAAAGAAAUGGAGGUGAAUGGAUUUUUUAUGAAUAUUUUUUAUUACAUUUAUGCAAAUGUAUUUUUAUUUCCCAAAAUGUUUUAAAAAAUGAUUCUAUUAUUAAAUGAUGUGUUUUAUGUGUUUUACUAGCUGCUUUAUGAAAUAAAUUUGUGUUUUAAAAAAGAAAUAAUGCAUUUUUUAUGUACAUAAUUUACACAUUUUUGAAUAAUCAAUUUAAUUAAUAAAUGUAUAAGUAGUGUCUAAUUUACCCACAGUAUCUGCCCAGUUAUUGGAGGCAAAGGUUCUUUAGGUAAACAUUAAUGUAUUUCCGUACACUGCAGUAUGUCAUCAUCCAGCCUAACAAUACAAUCCCUAGGGCAAUCUAUUAGUCCUGCUCUCGUCCAUUUUGUGAAGGAAGGAAGGAGAUCGAUCACAGCUUUUGAUAUUAGUGCUGAAAAUAUUAUAAACCUGCCUUUUUAGUUGGUUUUACUGGGUGGACAAUUUCGGGGGCUUCCUUUGAGCUGGUGUUUCCACACAAACUCUCUUUGUAAUCUUGUUUUCUUAAAGAUUAUGACUAGUAUAAGAAUGUGGCCAGGAAUCAUUAGCCUGAUCCUUGUGUUGAAGUCUCUGUUGUUAUCACAUGCCAGAGAAAUGCUGUUUUUUUUAUGUUUUUGUUUAGAUUUGAUAAAUAGCCGUAUUUAACUUUAAUUAAAUUACUUUCGUUGAAUAUUAAAUGAAGUAGCAUUCGGUUUCUGAAAAAUAUCUUUGUUGUAAGCAUUUCUUCUUUUUUUUUCUGUAGUUUGUAUGUUUUGUAGUUUGAAUUUUUCACCCAAAAAUAUUUAAUUCUGUAUUUAAAAAAGUAAUUUUUCAUUUUAAAUCAGUCUGUUGUUGUAAUCUAUUAGAUUCUUAUUGGUCUCUUUAUCUCAUAAGGCCUUAUUUCAACACUAGGUUCACAUUGCCAAUCAUUGAUUUUUGUGACAAAAGAAUAAUUAAUUUUUUUUCUUUUCUAUUCUAUCUGAUUAUUAUUAAUUUAUCUGAAUUUUGGUGGUAAUGACUUAUAAUGUUCCCAAUUUCUUUGAAUGCCUUAUGCAUAUACAAUUUUUCCUCACAAUAUCAUUUUUAAAGAAGGGUGUGUUUAUAUGGAAAUUGAGCAUUCCUUGCUAUUUUUUUUAGAAAGAGUGAUUUCCCUUUAGAAGAUUACAGAUUUCCCUAUUAAAGAUGUAGCCUGUAUUUAGUAAUUUUCUUCUUCAUAAUUAUAGCUGACCACUUCACAGUAUAUUUGGGUUAGUUGGCUGGUCGUGCGUUAUGUGCGCUGGGCUGUUGUUCGGACUUCUCGGUGGUGCCCGCUGCCAUCCCCCGUCGAUCUGUUGUCUCGGACUAUUUCCAGACAGUUUUAUUUCUACACUGAUGACUCAAAAUAAAUUUGUUUUAUCCGAAAGCUGGGGCGGACUGGGUGUCAAAACCGGCCCUGGCAUUUCUAUACAAUCCGGCCCACAAAUUAUAUGCCAUAUGAUGGGUGCCGGUAUGUAAUGUUAUGACAUGAUUAGAAUUUAGUAUUUGUUUCGGGAAAAAGGGGAAAGUUUUACUUGAACGCUCUAAGUGACGCUACAAAGACGCUUCGUGUAGAGCAGUAGAAUAGAUAUACGGAUUUACGGAAAGACAUAGGACGGAUCCCUUUUUAAGUAUUAAAGUAUUCAUGAUUGUUUGAUACUAGCGUCGACUACUAUUUAUUGAUUGUUUGGCAUUUCACCGUUGUUCCUGAUUUGGUUGAAGGUUACCUCAUGAUCAUUGCAUUGAUUACAUUCAACACCGCGGAAGAGCCACAACAGUAAUUAUAUUUAUUUGAAAACCAUUGAGUUCAUGUAUCGAAAACUGGGUUUACGAAAUACGAGUAGGUAUAGAUUAGCUAUAUUCUACAAGUAGGUAUAGAUUAGCUAUAUUAAUAGUUUCAAAAUCAAGGCAUAUAAUAAAAUUAUCUGAAAUUGCUAAAUGAGAAAAGUAUAAGACUUGAAAGAGAAAGUUUCUAAAAGUGGAAAAUAUUGUAUUACCAUAAAUGCCUACAAAAAUGGCCCUACAUAAGCGUAUACGCGUACAUGAUAUUCACAUGCAAGGCUUGUGAGGACUGUGUCCCAAUGAAUGACUCGUAGAACGUCUUUAUCAACAGCUGCAAGAUGAACUUGUCCAAGUGUCCAAAUAACGAUGCUUUUCUACCAAUUCUUUUAACAUGCGUGACUUUCUUUCACAAUCUACUUGGGUACAAGACAUAGAUACAAGCAAUUUUAGCAUCAUUGGCAUGUUCUCCCCUAAUUCGGUUUCACUCCGAGCCAUUGUUUCGGGAUAAUGGACUUACAAAUCUAACUCUUCAUCCUCAAUUCUUUUAUCAGCUCAUCCUACUAUGUCAUGUGCUGCUUUCUUUUUAACUUCUAAAUCUAGUUUCGUAGAAUUGGUUAUACAUAGGCCUACCAUAUUAUAAGUCCACUUAUUUAAAGGUCAUUUAAUAUCCUUAUCGUUAGUUCAAAACGUUCAUAAGGCAAAAGUUGUUAAAUUUAGUUGAUACCAUAGCAAUUCUUUUUGUAUUUAUGUUAAGUCUACAUCUUCAUCCUGGCAUUAGUCUUUUUCGUCGGCUAACGUGGCUUGCUCUCAAGGAAUAAAUGACAUUGUGACCUUUAAUGUGACUCUCAUGCUGAGGUUCAACAAUUUUACUGCAACAUUUGUUGUUGUUUUUUUUAAUUCUUUUUUCUGCUCCUCCUUUGCCCUAAUAUACUCACACAAACCUGAACUGUAUAUCUUUAUAAGAAAUAUAGGCCUAGCCCUUAUUUUGCCUGUUAAUCGCCUAGGGUGUUUAAGGGAUGAAAUCUACUAGAUGCACUGUAUACAGAUGUAGGCUAUUCCUUUAUUUAUGGAAAUGUGUUAGACUAGUAACCUAUUACACUGAAGAAUCUGUACAAGAUUUUUUUUUAACAUGAAACUCAGAGGGUCACUUUUAUUAAUUUUUUUGUACUAUAAAUCUUUAACGAAGUAUUGGCAGCCUUUUCGAUCGCAUUACCGGGCGACCGGGCAUUUGCCCGAAUGCCCAUAGUGCCAGUCCGCCCCUGCCCGAAAAAAAUUGCUAUACAUGGCAAUUAGCUUGCAAGAGGUGUGGGAUUUUGUAACAGAAAGCGAAAUUCCUAUACACACAGGCUACAGUAACUUCAAUAGCUUUUCCCACCAACAGUAUUUUAAAAAGAAAAUUAAUUUUAAAACGGUAUUUUCAAGUAAUCCAUUACAUUCUUAAUAUUUAUGUACUAUUUACUUUAAAAGGUGUAAUUUCAACUCUAUGGUCCACAUUGACAUUAUUUGAUGUCCAUAUGCAUUUUCUCAAUCGUCUAGUAAAAAUUGUAUUUUAGCGGGGAGUGCUCUAGUUUAGUGUUGUGAUAUUCACGUUUUCACAAUGCCUAAAAUAUUGAUAGUUUGCAUGGUUGGUUCAGCCAGAAAUUAAUUAUUGUAUUAUUUAAUUAUGGUUCGAAUGCAAUAAACAGCAAAAAUGUAUUAUAUCAAUUAUUGGCAGCAAAACAUAAUGGCAUUACCAGCAUAUAUGUUUGUUCAACUUUCUGUAUGCUAUAUUUAUUGUGAUAAAAUUAAAAUUUUGUCUUAAUCAA